AUGCUUUCCCUUGCCUCGGCCACGGCAUCUUCUGCGUCGUGGCCCAUGACAACCGACCAGAUCGCGCCUACUCACAAACUUGGUGAUCUUCUGCUCUCGGCGCUUAAACUUGCGCCUGCUUCAGCUACUGAGCGACGUACGAGACGGUCACAUAGUCGUGGCGUUCUCGCAUUAGUAGGAGCUCUUACACUGGGUUUGUGGCUUCUUCUGACGCUUGGAGAGCUGCCACCACGUGUACAUGACGUCGUAGACGGGUUUCUACUCGUCUCGUGCACUGGCGCUUGUUAUCUGGGCGUCUGUUACGUGCUGAGACACGUUCCAUGGGCUGCAGAUGUUGCUAAUCUACUAUUGGACCGUUCGGAUCCACGUUCGUGGCCGAGAGAAAAGCGUCGACUGUUUCUUGAAGUUUCUGUGUGGAUUGCAACUGUCCUGUCAUUGUAUACAGCCUCACACUCGAGGUGGAUCGCUGUAGGCGCUGGAGCAAGUGUGGCACUUGUACUGGCAUGUGUGAGUGAUUUACUGGCGGCAUAUUUACAUCUUUUGGAGACAAGACAGCAGAGGAGUAGGAAUGAAGGCAUGUUGUGGCUCAAAAUGGUGCUGUUUUAUGUCUAUGUGGGGUACAUUAUUAAGGACACAGGGGUGCACGGUUGCGUGUUUGGAGAACAGAACGAGGAUGAAAGACAGCGGUCAGUGGACCAAUUGGUGCUCAGUUAUCUGCGGAUAACGCUGGUCGGUGUGUUGCUCUUUAUAGCAUGUGAGCUGCUGCUUUUGUGCACGCUUGCUCGUCAAGCUAGUAGUGUACUCCACGGACGAAUUGUUGGAACUAGAAAUGAUUGGCAACUGCAUCCACUGCGGUCACUAGUUGAGGUCACAGGAACGAUUGGAGCUUCAGCCUUCUCGUAUAGCAUUUCAAAGGACGUGCUGCUGUCCUUGCAGCUUGGAACAUUUUGUGGUAUCCUUCUUAUUUUCAGUAAUGAGUUGUUGGCUUCAGCAAGCGGGUCGCAUUUUGUAAGCCCGCAGACGGAUGUGGAAAUGCCUGCUGACCACUGGGUGAAGCUCGUUCCGGUGGUCGUGAUGGUGCUGCACUUUUUCUCCCUAGUGUGUGCUGCAAACGUGCCUUCGAGUUCAUUGGCGCUUAUACUAUACUUCAUUGUCGUGGCUGCUGUCACACUCAAUGUUCUCGCACUUUCCGGCAGAAAACCAUCUUGGAUGGAGCUUGGAAGACAGUUGGCAGCCAGUAUCUGUGUCAGUAUCAUCACACUUAUCGCACCUAAGGUCUCUCAUGGACUACCAGGGGUUGUGUUUUCCUGCGUACUAUCGACUUUCUGCAUCGCGUUUUCGAGGGAAUGCUGGGACGAUAUUGAAGUGAAUGAAGGGGGUCAUGUGCGAGUGUUCACACGUGCUGACUACUGUCCGUCACAAGCUGCUGAUAUUUGCUUACCUGCAGCAACAAAUGCGAACUGUCCGAGUAACGCGCUACAGCCAUGGUCUGCUCGGGCUUUGGGCAUUGUAAAAGAUCGUUACCCUCACUUUUACAAGCGGGUAAAGUGGACAUUUGUGGGUAUCAUGAUAGUGUCAACUCUUGAUAUGUGCUCGACAUUUAUCGCGGUGAUUAACAAUGAUAAGGUAGCGCUCUCGCUUUCGCAGUAUUCCGCAAUCAACGUCGUCGUUUCGGCGUCAGUGGGGUACCUGACGAGUCCAGCUCCAUAUAAGGUCCAUCCUGCUGUGUUGCUCCACACAGGUGUGAAACAGUUCAAAAACAAGUGGGUUGUUUUUCCACUUCACGUGUUCGUCGAGGCGCUGGUUUUCGCUGGAGUUUUUGUUGGCACGUUUGCAGCUACAUCGACGGCAUUCAGCUCAUUCACUCUCGCUGCGCUAUCGGGUGUUGUGGUAUCCGUUGGCGGCCACUCAGCAUGCACACGCCUCCACCUUUCUGCUGGCACCUACAUGCGCGUUCAGCGAACAGCAACGUGCGCGCUGCUUUUUUAUUGGUUCUUAAUAACGUAUGCUUCAAUGGUUUCCCUGCUGUCUAUCUAUCAGUACUUUGACAGUAUUGAGGCGGCUUUCUGUCUUGCAUCGUUCGCUGGCAUAUUCUUUUUGGCGGCAAGCGAUCUGUUUCUGAUGUGGGAACCAACACGCGAGGUUGGAUUGCUGCUUCAACGUCGCGUUACGCACGCGAAAGAAAACUGGCAGUUGGAGCCGCUGCGCUCUUUCUUGGAGGUUUUCACUUGGCUUGCCGUUGUAUGGGGAUCAUUUGCAAUCUAUGGUGACCUUUUGUUAGCGCUUCAGCUUGGGACAUUCUCAGGAAUUGUUGUCACGCUUUCUGGAGAGCUAUUCCGAAAAAACCGGUCAAAGCUAAUCCCAUGGGGCCAAAGUCUACUCAAGAACGGCGAAACGAUCACUGCACCAAUGUCGCUGCUUGGAGUACCCUGCUGUGAUGUAACUGAGACAGAUCGCGCUCGACCACUUCCUGUGAUGCUCUUUUUUGCAUACAUAGGCUCGGGCACAUUUCAGUGGAUCUUCGAGAAUGUACGUAGUCUUGAAGUCACAGUCCUCCUUGCAACCAUGGCUGGAAUUGCUUUCUUGUGCUUUGCCGAUAUGCUUGUGCUGUUUACGCCAACUCGCUGGGCAGGAGUGAUCUUGCAGGACCGCUUUAUUAACAUAAAACACAAUUGGCAUGUGUAUCCGGUGCGGUCUUUUGUCGAAUUUGGCUGCUUCAUGGGGGUUAUCUAUGGUAGUUACGCAAUCUACCAUGACCUAAUCGUCGCAGUUCAAGUGGGUACUUUAUCUGGAAUGUUGGUGACUCUCGGUGGGGAACAAGUGCGAUGUUGUGCGCGGGCUUUUCCGAUGAAUGAAGCCGAGAAGAUAGAAUUAGAAAAAACACAGAUUCUUCCGCUUCCUGUAAUGAGCCUACUAGGACUUGUCGGAGCCGUGGCAUUCAACAUUAUUUACACCCAUCUUCACAGCAUUGAGGUAGCAUUUGUCCUUGCCACCACGAGCGGAGUAAUUUUCGCUCUGGUUGGUGAUAUGUUCGUCAUCUGGAAGCCUACACGCAUGGUUGGAAUGAUUCUUCAGAAACGCUUAUUGUACUUAAAAACAAACUUUUCAAGUCACAUGCGGCGUUCAUCGAUGGAGGUGGCUUCACUGUGCGGUGGCUGGUACAUCUCCUAUGACUUUUUGUGGCCAGGGGAUCUUCUUAUCGCCAUUCAGUUUGGUACGACGAUUGGAAUUGGUAUGUGCGUCUGUGGAGAGCUUGCGAUGAAGUUCGUUGCUGAAGCCGAACGCCGUUUGAUCGCAGAUGUCUCAGCCAGACUCGCGCAUGACUCACAAAAGGACAGCAUCUUUCUCAACCUGCCGUACGAAAUUCAGUUUGAGGUGGCACUCUUCUUGGCAGCUGAAGAUCUUUUGGUUGCUCGGGCUACUUGCCACAAGGUUAACAACAUGCUGAAAGCAGAAUCUGCUCGCUUUUGGUUGCAUGCAAGCCUGAGACGAACAUUUCGAGACCACACAGGACGCUCUCGAGCUCAUAGCAUUAGCCAUCGGAUGGGUAGCCGUGCCCGAUCGCUGGUGUAUGAGGCCAUCACGCUUGUGCUGCCCAAAAUCGUUGGAGCCAGGGAUCCGGCUCAAGUGCUUACGUCCAGCAAUGAAGUGAAUCGUGCACUGAAGUGGGUGUACUUGAACGCCGACUGGAUCCGGAAUCAAAAGCUUCCACCUUUGGCGGAAGAAGAUGAGAUCGAAGGCGCCACUCUCAUCUCCUUAGCUGAAGGAGACGGUGCCUUUGACGUAUUCCGCUAUAUGCCCGACAAGAGCUCUUUGGGGAUCAUUAUAUCGCGCGAUGAAAACUAUGCCAUUGAACGUGUCGAAGUGCCGAAAGGAGUUUAUGACACGAUCCAACGAGACCCGUUAAGCUUUGUGGCUGCAGAGACCCUCUCUACGUUAGAGGUUUUUUCAAAUUGGUACCUCACGAUGGUAGCUUUCGCUACAAUGACAUUCAUUUUCAUCGGACAAUUUUCGAGCGAUCUGCUUCGCUCAUACGUCCUUCCCGAGUCGUUCACAUGGUGGGGAGUAAGAUGA